CUCGGCUCCAGACCUCCAGAACAGUGGAACUAGCAGCCACCAGCAAGUAGCCGCGAAAUUAAGUGCGAAGCCGCCCACCACUUGCAAGCAGGCACCGGCAACCAACGGAGCUCCAAAAAAUGGCGGCGGCGGCAGCAGGAGCGAAGCCGCAGGUGCACAUCGAGUCCGUGCAGACGGGCCUGCCGACGCGCGUGGUGGGGCCGGACCGGACGCGCCUCAUCAACGUGUCGGCGCCGCCGCUGCCCGAGGCGGCGCUGCAGCGGCGCCUGCGGGCGGUGCUCUACUACCGCGCUGACGAGGCGGCGUGGGAGGAGGGCAUCUGGGUGAAGGAGUCGCUAGGCGAGGUGCUGUGCUUCUUCCCGGAGAUGGCGGGGCGGCUCCGGCGCCGCGCGGACGGGUCGUGGGAGGUGAAGCUGAACGACGCCGGCGUGCGGUUCCAGCAGGCCACGGUGGAGGCGAGCCUGGAGGAGUUCCUGGCGGACAAGGACCUUCCCCGGAAGGAGGCUGCGCUGGCGCCGUGGGUCGACGUGAGCGCCGAGGACCCCGACAUGUGCUCGCUCCUGUUCAUGCAGCUGAACCGGUUCCAGGACGGCGGGUACGCCGUCGGCGUGAGCUGCACGGCGCUGCUGGCCGACCCGCGGUCGCUGGCGAGGUUCCUCCUCGAGUGGGCGCGCAUCCACGCCGAGAUGAAGGAGAAGAACAAGACCCUGCUCCGCCCCAUGAUGCAGUACAUGGCCUACUUCCAGCGCCCGGAGCUCUGCUGCAGGCGCAUCAGGUCCUUCCCCAUCGACUCCGCCGCCGCCGACGGCGUCCGCGCCCGGACCGUGCUGUUCAGGACCUCCGCCGCCGUCGCCGGCGGUGGCGGCGACCUCCGCGCGCUCGCGGCCGCCUGCAUGGCCCGGGCCACCGAGGAGCUCGGCGCGGACAUGGCGUCGCAGUUCACGCUCGUCGUCGCCCCCGCGGACCCCGCCCGCGGCGCCACUACCGUAGAGGCGUCGGUCGCGGCGGACGGCAUCAAGACCGGGCACAAGCUGGAAGCUGCGGAGUGGAGCGAGCUCGGGCUGGAGGAGCUGACGCUCCGGGGCGCCAAGCCAGUGCAUGUCUCGUGCAGGAUCGUGGCGGGCGGAGAGGAAGGCUUCGUCGUCGUCAUGCCUGAUGGCGAUGGAUUCCUUGUCACCGCCACCAUACCCAACUAGAGACAAGCGAGGACAAAAAAGGGAUCCGUUCCAUUACUUCUACUACAAGCAUUUGUGUUGCGGGGACUCAAAUAAUCAAUGUUGGCCGUCGAUUUCCACAAAAUUAUAUUAAUUAUGCAGUAUACGAUUA